AUGCCGGCACAGCGACCUCGGGCUUCAUUCGAGCCUAUUGCGCCAGACUUCGACCUCGACCGUCUUGUCGAGAACACUCCAAACUUCAGCUAUGUCGAUAGGAUAAACUGUGACAUGAUCGCUGAGCAAGGGCUUGCGCAAUUUGAAAAGCUGGUCUUAUUGCAUGUGAUACAAGGAGGGAAGCCCUUGAUCAUCGAUGGCUUUGAGCAGUAUCUGGAUCCAUGGACUUUCACUCAGAAAUGGCUUCGUGACAAUUGUGGCGACAAGGUCGAGAAUGCCCAAAAUCUUAUGGACAAGACGUCACUGCCGUUAACGCUACAGCACUAUCUGAAGAACAUGAGCAUCCUCGCCAAUCAAUUCUUUGACAAACCUCUAGCAUACAAAGAGAAGAAAAGGCAGCGCAUGUACCUAAAGGAUAUCGAUUGUCCACCAGUGUGGUGGGACAAGGUUCGAGAACACAUUCCGCCAGUCUUGGCUUACCUAAAUGAAAGUACAGGUGAGCUCGGCGGACCUGGUGCAGUCCCGGAUGUACAGAGUAGUGCUUUAGGCAACCGUCUCGGGCGAGGAGUUGCAAGAGCGGGCGACUUGAUGAGCUCUUUGCCUCCAGACAUGCGAGCUGAAAAUCUUAUGUGCUACAUUGGUCAUGAGGGCACUUUUACUCCGGCGCAUCGUGAAAUGUGUGCGUCUCUGGGUCACAACAUCAUGGUCGAGGCUUCAUCUACUAUCGGCGAGGACGGCCAGGUCGAGAAGCCUGGCUCCUCCAUCUGGUUCAUGACGGAAUCCAAAGAUCGACAUCUAGUCUCCGAGUAUUGGUUGAGUGUCCUAGGCCAUGACAUCGAGGUUGAAAAUCACUUUGCCCAGGUUGUCGCCUGGAAGAAGGCGCCCUUCUCAGUCUAUGUUGUUGAUCAAAAGCCGGGUGAUCUCAUCUUGAUACCACCUUUGGCCCCACACCAGGUAUGGAAUCGCGGGACCCGUACCAUGAAGGUCGCGUGGAAUCGAACAACCGUAGAGACGCUCGAAAUGGCACUCGAGGAAGCACUUCCACGUAGCCGUGUCGUGUGUCGCGACGAACAAUACAAAAACAAAGCGAUCAUCUACUACACGCUGCAGAAGUAUUUUAGCCUACUUACACAUGCGCACAUGCAAGCUACACGCAUGCCACCGGAGGCGGGUCACGCGUUCCUUUACACCGGAAAACUCAAGCAGCUGAUUAGAGAUUUCAAGAAACUGUUUGUUUUGUACAAGCAAAUAUUGCUCAGCGAAUCGUUCAAUCCUAGUGACCGCGAUUCGAACGCAGCCGAAUACAUCCCGUUCGAUUCAAACGUCACCUGUGCUUACUGUCGAUGCAAUAUCUUCAAUCGCUUCUUGACCUGUCCAGCAUGUAAGGAUGUGCUUGGUCAUCACGCGGACGAAGGUGGGGAGGGUGAUCCCUACGAUAUAUGCAUGGAAUGUUAUGCAAUGGGACGGUCCUGUGCAUGCUUGAGUAAUCUCAAAUGGGUCGAGCAAUUCAAGUGGAAGGAGCUCAACGCGCGAUACGAGACAUGGCGUCAACUAAUCAUUGCCCUCGACGGUGGUCAAAUCAAGAGCAAUACGCCAGGUACAUUUCAGGUAGAGCGCAGUCGUUUGAGCAAGAAAACUUUGGCCGAGAUCUGCAAGGAGCAGCUGAAGAGACGGCCGUUCAAAGACUUCAAUAAAGCACCGGGGCCGAAAGAUGACGACGAUGAUGACGAAGAGAUUGUAGUGGGUGAUGAUGGAUUGGUUAAGCGAAUCAAGAAGAAAAGAUCUAAAGCUUGGGAGAAGCAGAAUCAACCAUGCCAUGUCUGUUGCUACAGACACCCGAUAUGGAAAAUGGCAAACUGCACAACCUGUGAUCGAUGGUGGUGCUAUGGGACCUUAUUUCGUGGUUGGGACAAGAUGCCACAAGAUAUUAUGGCCGACACCGAUUGGUCUUGCCCUCACUGUCUGAAGAUCUGCUUUGCAGGAAAUUGCCGCAAAGAUCCCGAAAUGACUCCUUAUGAACCCAAAGGCACGCUACUUGGACACGACACGAAGAAGGUCGCAGACGUCCGUAGUGUGGAAGCCCUUGUCGAUUUCAGUGUCAGUAAUCUCAACUGGAUUAAAGGCGAUGAUCCAGAGGUGCGUACUGAAUCAACGCGAUUCAAGAAGGCCGAGGCGGAGGCCCGUAGAAGUAAGGAGGUCGACCACACUCUUCUCGACGACGACGAUGACGGCCUCGAAGUUACACAGCUUCGAAUGGAAGGCGACUCACCUCAGGACGACUUCGUCGAUCCUGCACUGGGUGGCAAUGUCAACGGCUACGCCGACAAUGAUGAUGGCGACGAUGCACUUGCACGUCGCUUGCAAGUCGCUACCUCAAAUUACCCGCAAAUGCCAUCAACAGGGCCUUACGCAACUUCACAUCAAGCCCCCAACGGAUAUGUGCCACUCGGAGGCGCUGAGCUUGGUGCUCCUCAUGCGCCGAUGUACCCUGCACCAGAGCAGAAUUCGUACAAUUACCUCUCCCAAAGUAUGGAUGCGGAGCAGCCAACAGUUCGUCCAUCUAAGCGACGUGCAGCCGAGGACGCUGAUGCCGACGGCGACGAGGAAGAUAUUGCUAUGCAGAAAGCGCCCAAAGCGAAGAAACCACGUCUGGCUGCAGCAGGAUUCAGGUCAUCUGACCUAGCCGAAGCAGCGACUGGACCAAGUGCAAGCAAAGCGAAGAAUGAAGCGCAACGGCAGUUCGAGCGUGAGAAAGAACGCAAGGCUCUCGACAAGGCCAAAGCCGAGGGAAGAUUCAUUCAAUUUUCUGCUGCACUACGGGGCAAAAAACGCAUUGUCAAACUCAGGGUUCCUGGACAUCAGCUUGCACAAGUCCUGGCCCAGCAGACUGCGAGAGCCGCGCUGAACAUUGGCGCCAAUGUGCCCGAUCCGGAGCCGGAGAAACCACCGGCUGAUCUGGGAGACAAUGCUGAUGACAAUGAUGUUCUGCUAAAAAGUGAUAUUCCCGUCAAGAAACCCAAGCCAUCGGGACAAUCACUUUAUGAGAAGGCCGUGCAGAGUGGCGCUAUCAUUACGAGCGUGACUAAGAAGGCUCGAGUACCUGUUGAAAAGGAUGACAGCUACAGUUAUAGAGAGCGUGUGCGGCUUCCAAGCGGAAAGCGGGUGACUGCUAUGUCUACUACAACAGUGCAAAAAAGCAAACGCAGGGGACCGGCAAAGAUUUAUGAGGAAGUUGAUGUCGGGAGUAGCGAUGACGAGCAAUCCAGAGACGACCCAGAUGAUGCAGAUUUUGGCAGUCUGACCUUUUCUGCUAUCAACCAAGUGUCUGCCGAGGACUCGGCUCGUAAGGCGCGUCACUCGUUACCUGGAAACCUUCAUGCAGCUGGUCAGCGAGAAGAGGAUGACAACAGCGAGCUGCCAGACGAGCUCCCUGGUGACAACCUUGCAAGCAGUCAUCGACCAAAGCCGCCAUUGCAUACCGCCACAAGCUCAAAGACAGCAGGCAAAAGACCGAGUAUGCGUCCGGCACAUGUUCCCAUCGCCACGUCGACCGCGGAUAUCGAUUCCGACGACGACGACGAGAACCUCGACGGUGACACCGACAUCGAUUCCUUCGUCGCAAGAGCUGCCAGUGGACAAUUCGGAGACGAGACGAUGCCUACGUCGUUCAAUGGGGCUUCCUCGGCCUCAAAACCUCGAGGCCGACCGAGGAAUAAGCCCAGCAAGACCCUCGGUCCUAAGAGCUCUGCGUCGUUCAAAGCAAAAGCACCCCCAGCGACCUUUCAGCACGAAACGCAGGUCAUCUCCGAUGGUGGCGAAAGUUCGGACGGUUUGGAGAAUAUGUUCGAGGAUAACAACCUAUCAAUUGAGGAACAGAACCGGUUGGCGAAAUUGCAGGUCCUGCAGGAGAUGAGUUGA